AUGAGCUCCGUCUGGUCCCUUCCCUGGAGGGUUGGAAGCUAUUCUCGGGAGGAUGCGCUAUUGAAUGAAGCAGCCAGCACCGACCGUAUCAGAGGAGUUGGACUACCCAAGAUGAUCAAUGUCAUGGCGGUCUAUUUGCAGCAUGUCUCGGCCAAAGACAAAAUCUACGCUCGCGGCGAACGCAUUACUCCCCGAACCAUGACACAGCAACUUCUUGAACAAUACGAGGAAGAAGACAAGUCAGGACAGGCUGCGGUAGCAUUUGGGUCUGUUGGUAGAGGAUACUUGGGCUGGAUCGGAGACGUCAAUUCAGAGGAGGAGCUUGACCCUGUGUACUUGGCUCUGUUGGGACUCCCAGUUGUCGGAGGUUGA